GGAAAAGUGGCAGAGGGCUAUCGACUGCCGCGGGGGCGCAAAGGAGUCACGCGCCCUCGCCCUCACUCGCACUCACACGCUCCCAGAAUUAACAGUUGCGGACAAUGGUGCGAAGGACAGCUGCCACAUUGUGGUUCGCCGUUGACAUCCUCGUGCUGAACAGAAGAUUCCGUUGCGAGAACGAUGGCAGCGAGGAGUGGUCCGCGCUCGAAGAGUGGCUCCGACACCAAUUAGCCGAGCGCCAGGAGAUGAAGGCUCGCCUUCAAGAUGCUGCGCUUGUGUCCGGCGGAGGCCACGUGCAUCGUCUCUGCAAAAAGCGACAGCACCAAAUGACGAGGAGGCAAAAACGGCGGAAGUCGUCAGCGGAGAGGCAGCAACCCUCCUUUUUGCCGUCGAUCCCGACGAGCAGCCCUCUCGCGCGCCCCGCCAAGGCCAAAUCCAAGGGUCGCCGAUGCAAAGAUAGACCUGCUGCUGCGACGCCCCAUUGUUAUCCGCGGCAUCACCAGGAAAAAUUCGAGCCGGGCAAGAGUCAACGAUUUAUGGAUCGUGACUACAUGCAGCAGAUGGAGCGCCGAUUAGUGGAGCAGCACGAGGAGGCCAUCCAGAAGAGGAUCAAAAAGAGACAGGCAGAAGAGGCGCAACGCGAGCGGCAGAUGAUCCAGGCCGGGUUGCUCGUCGACCCCCACAAAGGGCAAGAAGUGGUGCCGCCGCUGCUGCCCCGUCGGUCGGGCCCCCGGCCUUCCGAGGGUGGCAGUGCCAGGCACGCCUCCAGAACCAGCGUUCAGCGGACCCCGAAGAGGCAGCCCGCCCCCGGAAAGCAACAAACCGAGCAGCAGUUGCAAAACGGAAAAUAUGAAGAAAAUCUCUGCGAGCAGGAAACCGUCGACGAAGCCUGCCCCGUUCCGGAGGCUGCGACUUUGUCGCACCGACCCCGGCUGGCCAUCCUUCUGCAGGCGUGCAAGGCGGUGGUGGGGAAGGGUCACCUGCUGAACGGGGCCCCAGCGAAAACGGACGCCCUCCAAGUGGUUGAAAGCACCGGCGAGGCUGACGACGCCGAGCUCGGCAAACACGAGGACGACAAGAAGUACGAGUCGCCGCUCAUCGCCCGCCUUCGUCAAGUGGAGGACGUGGAGGAGCUGUACCGACUGGCCGCGGAGAUCGUCGCCAAAACCAAGCACUGACACCUUUGAUGUUGCACGUGUUGAGCGCCGCGUUGCUCGUGCUCCUCGGAGCCACUCACUCGAGCCAACAGCUGCCGCCGAACAACAACCUGCAAAACAACGAGGCGCCGUUCCUCCUCUCUGACCUGCCCUUCCUCGAC